AUGUCUACUUCAAGCGGAAAGACCACCAACCCCGGGGAGAUGAUGAAGUACCUUCAUGACAAGAUCACCGAGCUCGAGAAGCAGAAUCGACAGCUUCUCGACCGACAGAAUGAUCUCUACGAGAAACUUGAGGCACGAGAAGAGGAACUUGCAGCAGUUCAAAAUCUCACACCUGCAUCCUCUAUCAACAACAACAACAUGCCAAAAUUCCCCAAGCCUGAAUCAUACGAUGGUUACAAGGGUGAUGUGAGGAACUUUCUCACACAAGCCCAAGCUUACCUACGAGUCAACGAAAAAAUCUACACGACACCUGAGUCACAGAUUCUUUGCAUUGGCAACCUCUUGACUGGGAAAGCAAUGGAAUGGUGGGAGCCAACCCUCCGCGCACAUCUUAAGCACGGCGCCGAAGCCGGAGUGGAAGUUGUCCACAUCUUCUCUGAUUACGAAACCUUUGAAGAACGACUUCUCGCUGCAUUUGGAAACCCUGAUGAGCACAAAGAAGCUACACGACAGCUUACUCGACUCAAGCAGACCGGAUCUGCAGCUCACUACGCUAGGGAGUUCAAACGCAUCGCAGCAAAACUCAACUGGAAUACCGAACCCAAAAUGGAAGUUUUCUAUCAAGGACUCAAAGAAGAAGUGAAGGAUGACAUUUAUCGAGAAGAUCGUCCUGAGUUAUUUGACGACUUCGUCGAAAUGGUCAUCAAGGCAGACAACCGUCUAUACGAGCGACGUCACGAAAAAAGUCACAGGAAAUUCGGAUCAUAUGCUAGGUUCAAUAAACCUAAUAGUAGCAAGCCACGCCGAACAUCGACAGCAUACGGGUACCACGCCGGACCUAUGGAACUUGACGCCGCGAAUAAGGAAAAGGGGAAGACUUGUUACAAUUGUGGCAAGACUGGACACUUUGCGAAUAAAUGCAGAGCCCCGAAAAAGCCAUGGAAGCCAAUUCCUGAAGGCAGGAAGCUCCAUGCCGCAAACCGAGAAGACUUACCCACGCGAAAUCUCAGUGUGGCAAGCAAUGAAGGAAGCCCCACGUCAGCAAACAACAUCAGUUCGGAUGAAGAUUGGGAAUUCGGAACCCAACCAGUACCCGACGACUUUUGGGAACACUGGACACCCUCACCAAAAAGUGAACCUUCACUGGAACGGAUCCAAGAAGAAGAGAAUCAUCCAACUGAGAAAAACGAACCUGAAAUCGAACACAGACUCCUUAAUUGGACCUUCUGUUACGAUGACAAUUGCUACACGCACCUUAGCAGCAAGCAAGGUAGCGGAUGGUUUCCACGAGAACGAAAGGGAAGGAGAACAACCCUUACGAUACAACCGAAAUUACGACGAACCGAUUCAAAGAUAUUGAACGAGAAAUUAUACUGUGCUAAGGAUAACGCACACACUACCCAAGCCAUAACCCCACAAUGCAAGGAGGAAGGGAACUGUGUGACUGCGAGCAACUCGCUUAGCCCGAGUUCGAUUAACACAGAUGGUAGAUCAAGUGAUCACCAAGGAAGCUCCAACAAGACGCCGGAAGAUAAUCGCCGACGACAGCGCCUAGAACAACGCGCUAGAGAACGACAUGAGGACAGGAUCAACAAAUCGGGAAACGACAGCCGUCGUCGCAAUUAA